UCUCUCCCAUCCAUCUUCCAUCUGGCAGACUGUCCAAUCUGCCCAUUAUGACUGCGUCCCUAGAAGAACUCGUCGCUCGGUUUGAUAAGUAUUCGAGACUGGAUAUCGAGAGAGCCGAUUUAAUCCAAAGUCUCCUGGAAAAAACCCGCCAAUAUGAAGCCCGGUUUGAAAACCUGCAGAUCGAACUGGAGCAUGAACGGGAAUCCCGCACGAGAUAUCAGCUCGACCUGCGCGAACUGCGGGAGCAGAAACGCGCGCUCGACUAUGCAAUUAAUAAAGAACCCUACGUGGCCGUGCUGGUCGAUGGCGACGGCGCCAUCUUCAACGACGAAUUUCUGCGCGAUCCGCAGAACGGAGCCCCCGAGGCGGCCCUGCAGCUGCGACAGGCCGUGCGAAGCUAUCUCAGAGACUCCCCCUUAGGAACGGAGCAGAUCCCCAUUAUAGUCCGUGUUUAUGUUAACCUGAAUGGCCUGGCCAAAUCGCUUUGCUCGGCCAAGGUCAUCGAGCUGGAGAAUCACAUGCGUCUCUUUGCCGACCUAUUUACUAACAGCCGCGCCGAGUUUGACUUUGUUAACGUGGGCCAUGGCAAGGAGAAUGCCGAUUCUAAGAUGCGAAAAAUGCUCACCCACUACUACAAUAACUUCCAAUGCAAGAAGAUCUUCUUUGCGGGCUGCCAUGAUAACGGCUAUCUCCAUGAACUACGGGAGUACGAGGGGGACUUUGAGGCCAAACAACGCAUCGUGCUUUUAGAGACUACCCCGGCUCAGCCGGCCUUUACUUCCCUAAAAUUUGCCAUGACUCGCUUUGAUACAGUCUUUCGCUCCGAGCCGCUGCAGGCCGAACCCCGGCGCAACCUGUCCCCGACGGCCAUGAAGCCCGCAACAACCCUCGCAUCGCCGCCGCCCGCUCAGCCGCCGUCGACUAUGCCUUUCCCCAGUCCUAGUAUUGCUUCGCCAAUGGCUCCCGCACCGGUGCAGUCCCCUACGCAAGAAUCGGUGGCGAGCUCGGGCAAUGGCGGCUUCUCCAUCAAGUAUCCCACCGGCACGUCGCUCAGUUAUGCGUCGGCCGGCGGCGCCAACGGGCACCAGAAUAUCUCGAUCGCAUCGGCCAAGCCUAAACCCCCCAGGAUCAUCGACUACAAUGAGAAUGGGCAGCGCAUCGACCCGCCCAACAAGUUUCCCAGCAACCCGGUCGAUCAGCAGGGCUACCGCGACAAACUCGAGAGUAUCCGACCCAAGGCAUUCUGCAACGGGCUGUACCUCGUGGGCCGUUGCGAGCGCCCGGGGAGCUGUCCGAUGGAACAUACCAUGAAGCUUACGCCGGGGGAGCUCGCCGUGCAUCGAUACAAGGCUCGCACGACGCUGUGCCCCAACGGCCCCGAAUGCGAGAACUACUACUGUUAUUUAAGUCACCACUGUCCCCAUGGCCUUAACUGCAUGCGUCGCGGAGACUGCAAAUUUAACGGCACCGUGUUUGGCGAUCUACACCAUUCGAGCGCCGACAUGGAGACCUAUACUCGAUGGACUGAGGGCAAUGAUUUCCCCGUCCACCUCUAGAUUCGAUAUCUCAACCGUCUGAAGAAUGACUUUUUAGGGACCUGUGAUUGGAAAGGCCAGGUUUUCAUCUCCUAUUAUUUGUUGUCUUUUACAUGCGCACAUAAGAUUGUCCUUAUCAUUCAAUGAACAUCGAUAGCUCCGUACU